CGGCACGGUUGGAGAAUGGGGACUGAAGAAGAGGGGUUUGGUGGGGAAAAGCAGCCGAAAGUCUCCUGGGGACGCACAGCAGUGCCAGAUGCCAGGACCGUGGUGACCUGUCCCAGCCCAGCAAACCACCUCACCAUAAACCCCGCUGCUGAGGCUGGGAAGCUGAUAACGGCGGGGCUGAAGUCCAGCACAGGGCAGGUCCUGGGGAGCAGAUUCCAGCCCUGGGCGUGCAGCGUGGCCUCCCUCGUCAGCCCUGUGCCUCUGCUGACUCUGUUUCACCCUUGCUUUGGCCCGGAGGUUGAGAUGGCCAGGCUGGUGGUGCUCGCCUUCCUGCUGCUGCCAGCUGGGACCAUCCUCCCUGGUGGGUCCACGGUCAUCAACAGCUGCAGCAGCGCAGCUGAGUGGCUCUGCGACUUCAUCUGCGACUGCAGCGCCUGCUCUGAUGAGAACAAGUGUGGGUACUUGCGGGGCUCAGCCGCACUGGGCACCCCCUUCACCUGUGAUUUUGAGGAAGGCGACUGUGGCUGGCAGGACGUGAGCACCUCGGCUUACAGAUGGGUGCGGGGCCAGGCCAGCCCGGCCAUGAGGGGCAUGGGGCUCCACUCAGACCACACCAUGGGCACCGACCUGGGGUGGUUCAUGGUGACCGUGUUCCCCCCGGCAAAGGCCACAGCCACGGCCUGGCUCAGGUCACCGGUGAUGCGGGAAGCAGCUGCCACGUGUGAGAUCAGGGCCUGGUACCACCUCUCAGGAAGCGGGCUCAACCAGACAGAGCAGCCGGUGCUGCGCCUGGCCAUGGUGUACAGGGACGAGGUGGUGGGGCUGUGGCAGAGCCCUGAGCACAGAGGCGAGGGCUGGCACCAGCUGGUUGCCUACACAGGCCGGAUCAACGAGCAGUUCCAGCUCAUCUUCUCCCUGACAAAACCACCCACAUGCAGGGCAGAGCUGGCACUCGAUGACAUCAUCUUCAGGAACUGUGGCUUGCAGGAACCCAGGCAAGAGGUCUGCAGGGUGGGAGAGAACAACUGCCGCCGGGGGUCCUGCCUGGCACAGCACCGCUUCUGCGACGGCACUGAUGACUGCGGGGAUGGUUCAGACGAGGAUGUAACACAGUGCAAGCCCUUCAUCCACUGCUCCUUUGAGGAAGGUCUUGGCAUCUGGAAGGCAGAGGUUGGGCAGCCAGCGUGGGAAAGGAACACGAGCCUGAACCUGGGGACCGCGUACAGCAUCCCCACCCGGGACCACAGCAAUAACAGCAGGGCAGGUUUUUUCCUCCACGUGGGCAGUGCCUCAGCCACGGGGGCCAGUGGUACGGCACAGCUGAGCAGUCCCACUUUCCAGGCCACCAACUCCUGCUCCCUCGUGCUGUACUGCUACCUCCAUGGCUCUGCCACCAGCAGCCUCAGCAUCUCCUAUGUGACCAAAUCAAGCAAGCACCUGGUGAGAGAGAGGAUGGGCGACCUGGGCAGCUGCUGGGUCCGGGAGAGAGUGCACUUCAAUGUGACGGAGAGCUUCAAGGUGCUGAUCGAGGGGGUGGCCAGCGGCACUGGGACCGUGGCCAUCGAUGACCUGAUCCUGUCUCCGGGCUGCAUGCAGGAGCAGGAGAAGCCUACAAUUACACUGCUGAGUCAUGCGGGUGCCAGCCCCUGCCCAGCUGAGGAGGUGACCUGCGACAGCGGGAGAUGUAUCAGUGCGGAGCUGGUCUGCGACUUUGCCAAGACAUGCAAGGACAGCUCUGAUGAGAAGCACUGUGGAUCAACCACCUUUGAGACGGGGGCUGGGGGCUGGCACGAUGUUAGUGUGGGGCGGCUGCGCUGGGGCGUGCAGAAGGCCACCAAACCUGCUGACACCUUCCUCACAGGGAAUUUCCUGGCCCUCCAGGCAGGAGAAGGACAAAUGGUGGCUGCUGCAAAGGCACACACACCUAUGUUGGGCCCCUCUGGCCCUGCCUGCGCCAUGGAGAUGAGCUACCGCAUCCACAGCAGCCCCCAAGGCUUCCUGGCUGUCAGCAUCGUGGAUCACAGCACUGGCACCACCCACCUGGCCUGGCACAUGCCAGGGCACGGCAGCGCAGCAGGGGGACACAUCCGCAUCCCGCUGGGGGAGAGGCCAAGGCCCUUCCAGGUUGAGCUGCAGGGGCUGGUGGAUCUGGAUCUGCAGGACCCGGUGAGCGCCGCCAUUGACAACGUGACGUUAGUGCAGUGCCACCCUGAUGUGGUGCCACUGGAGGCCACAGAGCUGUCCUGCAACUUCGAGAGGGGCAUGUGCGGCUGGUACCAGGAUCAGUCCAGUGACUUCAAAUGGGUCUGUGGCACAGGGCAGGGGCAGGGCUUUGACCACACCACUGGCUCAGGCUACUUCUUGGCUGCGGACCCCUCUGCACCGUGGAGCCAUGGGCAGCGGGCACAGCUCAUCACCUAUCGCCAGGAGCCUGCUGCCACCCCACGCUGCCUCGCCUUCUGGUACCGCCUGGCUGGCCCGCAGAUCGGCACCCUGAACGUCAAGAUGCAGCUGGAGGGAGCAGAGGAGAGAGUGCUGUGGACCCGGCAGGGGACCCAAGGCAGCAUCUGGCACCAGGGAUGGGCAACGCUGCCGGCCACGGGCCAGCAGCAGUACCGGGUGGUCUUCGAGGCCCUGCGGGACAGGUUCCUGGGGGACAUGGCGCUGGACGACUUGACACUGACAGCAGGGCCCUGCGGGGCAGAGCUCUCCUGCUCCUUCGAGGCAGACACCUGUGGGCUGGCAGCCAGUGGGCAGCACACCUGGCUGCGGCAGAACAACAGCACCGGCACCACUGCUGGCCCCCUGGCUGACCACACCACCGGCACUGCCGCAGGCCAUUAUAUGGUAGUGAGCACGGGCAGGGGCUCCCUGCCUGCAGGCCAUGCAGCUGCCCUCACCUCCCAGCCCUACAAGCCCUCCACACCCACCCAGUGCCUGGCAUUCUGGUACCAGCUGAGCGCCGGGACCCCAGGCUCCCUCGGUGUCUUUGUGGAGCAGAGUGGUGUGCGGAGGAAGGUGAUGAGUGUGAGCACCAUGGAGGGGGAUGCCUGGCAUCGCGGCCACGUGACCCUCCAGCCAGAUGGGGUCUGGCAGGUGAUAUUUGAGGUGGUGGGAGCUGGGGGUGACCACGGGUACAUCGCAUUGGAUGAUCUGCACGUAUCAGGUGGAGCCUGCCCCAAGCCAGCGUCCUGUGACUUCGAGUUGGACACGUGUGGCUGGAGCAGCCCCUCAGACCCACACCUGCACAGCUUUGCCUGGGGCUGGAAGAGCGGGGUACCCCUUGCCAAGUACCCUGGCCCCGAGCAGGAUCACACCCUGGGCACAAGGCAUGGUCACUAUGUGCACUUUGACACCAGCGUGCUGGGCCUGAGGGGCACCACUGCCCAGCUGGAGAGCCAGCAUCUGCCGCCUGCUGCUGACGCCUGCCUGCAAUUCUGGUACCACUUGGACAUCCCGGAGCACCUCUCCAGUGGGGAGCUGCGGGUGAUGCUGCGCAGUGCAUCGGGGCAGCACACGGUGUGGAGCGUGGUGGGGCACCAGAGCUGGGGCUGGCAGGGCAGUGUGGUGCCUGUGCAGAGCCCCAGCGAGUUCCAGAUCAUCUUUGAGAUCACCACACAGAGGUGGCCGACGGAGGGGACGGUUGCGCUGGACGACAUUGUGUACAGUGCCACGGGGGGCUGCCGUUCCAGUCUGGAGGUGUCUGUGGAAGAGAAAUCCUCCGGCAGCUUUGUGGCAGAGGUAGUGCUCAGUCUUCUCCUGGCCAUUAUCAUUCUGGUGCUGGUGGCUGCUGGAGGCUGGUACUGGCUGAAGCGGCGAGGGCUGGCGAGUGGGACACCGGCAGAGACCAGUGCUCCCCAGGGCUUUGACAACAUCACUUUUCGAGAUGACAAGGUCAUUAUAUCUCCAGUGCCAACAGAGGGGGAUGAGGAUUGAAAUAAGCCAGCAGCAGUAAUUGCCUCCUCACAGCUGUGAGGUGUACACAGGGCUGAGCAUCCAUCCAGCAAAGCCUCACACUCCAGCGGCCGCCUCUCAGCGUGUGACAUCAGGCAGUGGGGAGCUGCCACGGGCACUCACCCCAAGGUGCCAGCCCCACAGAGGGACAUGCCUCUGUCUCCACUGCCUCCAAGCACUCGGAAAAGCGUUGUUGUCUUUUGUAACACAGACUUUCUGCACCAA